AAAUCCCCUACGAUAAAAACCCUAAUCUCAUCACUCCUCUCCCCCCCAAAAAAAAAAAAAUACUCCUCAAACCCUCUCACAAAAUCUUCUCUCUUCUCUCCCAUCGCAAAUCCCACACUAGCAAUAUACUCCAUCUGAAGCUCCUCAAUCGAUGAAACCCUAGUAAUCUAUCUCCAGAAACUCCCUGCCGCUUCCUUCCCCUCUCUGAUUUCGCUCUCUUUAAAAAAUUUGGCUAGAAAAGAUCCUUGCUUUUUCGCACAGUUAAUCCCGAGAUCUAUCUGUGCCUAUUGAUUCGUCCACGGAUUUGUGUAUUGCAGAUUAUCCGCAGGUCUACUAUCUUGUAUUUGUGCAAUCCCCAAUCCUCCUUUGAAUGGCUUCUUUGGAUAUGUCACUUGAUGACAUGAUAAAGAGUAGGCGCGGUAGCGAGAGAGGUAGAGGACAAGGUAGGGCAUGGCGUGGCCGGGGCCGGGGCCCAGUGGGACCAUUCCGUGGUGGAAGAAUGACAGCGGCACCUCGCAGAGGUCCACUAAGUGUGAAUUCUCGGCCAUCAUCGUAUGCCAUUGCCAAGUCAUUCCGUAGAAGAAAGAGUUUUCCAUGGCAGCGUGAUUUGUUUGAAGACAGCCUUAGAGCUGCAGGGUUAACUGGAGCAGAAAAUGGCACAAAGUUAUACGUUUCCAAUUUGGAUGUAGGAGUCACCAAUGAAGAUAUAAGGGAACUUUUCUCUGAGAUUGGAGAGCUGAAACGAUAUGCAGUUCAUUACGACAGGAAUGGUCGCUCAAGUGGUUCAGCAGAAGUAGUAUUUUCCCGAAGAACUGAUGCAUUUCAAGCUCUUAAGCGAUACAACAAUGUACAAUUGGAUGGAAGACCUAUGAAGAUUGAAAUAAUAGGCACCAACUCGGAAAUUCCUUCUUCAGCCCGUGUAAAUGUUGUUGGAGGUGCUAACGGGAGGAGGACAGUUGUUAUGGCGCCAAGAGGUCGUGGUAGAGGCACUGCUGCAAUUAGCCGUGGUUCGGGUCAGAGGGGCCGUGGGGGUCCGAGGAAUUUUGGUGCCCGUGGUCGUGGUGGGCGAGGAGGCCGUGGUCGCGGGAGGGAGAAAGCUGUCGAGAAGUCAGCCGAUGAACUUGACAAGGAACUGGACAACUAUCAUGCUAUGCAAACAUGAAUGGAUAACCUUAGCACCUAGUCUGCAUGCGACUUGGCAAAUAUUCAGUUGAAUUGUUAGCUUUACGAAAAUUUGAAUAUGUUGGAGUGUAGUGGUUUGUUUUCGACUAAUAUUCACUUAUGGUACUUGAAUGAGUUGUAUGGCGGUUUAGGGUUUAACUUUCGCUGCUUGAAGAAAUUCCAUGGCUUUCCUGAGUUCAAAGCUCAA